UGACGGAGACGGAGGGCGCGGGCCCCUCGGGGGAGGGCAGCACGUCCUUCUUGUAGCGCCGCUGGCCGAGGCGGCCCGGCACCCCAGGGCUCAGCGAGGCUCCCUUGCUCCUGGUCCCCCCGCAGAACGCCGGCAGGAGGCGGCCGGCGGCUCUGCCGGGCCGCAGGGGCACCAGCGCCAUCCUGACCGCCCCUGCGCCCUCCCGCGCCGCUGCCGCUCCGCAUGGGCGGCUACCCCGCGGCCCCCGGCCCCGCAGAGCCGCUCAGGCCGCCGCCCCCACGUGGGGCCACACGGACACCGCCAUUACCUGGUCCCGCUCCCCGAGCGUCACUUCCCGGCGGGGCGGGGGCGGCUGUUCCCCGUCCCGCCCCUCCGGCGGUUCCGGCUCCGGGUGAGCGCGGAACCAUGACGGGCCGCGGGUCGCCCAGCCGGUUCCUCACCGCCGUCCUGCACAACGGCGUGGGUCGGUACGUGCGGCAGCUCCAGCGCCUGCAGUUCCUCUUCAGCCCCACCGCAGCCGACGCCCGCGGCGCCAGGCAAUUCGUAGAGGAGGCAGCACAGGACUUUGCUCGGCAGCACCCCGAUGUUGUUCUCUACGUGAGCCCCGGCUCGGGCACGGCCCCGCUGGUGCGGGCUGAGUACUUGAACGGGACAGUGCGGGAGGAGCUCAUCGCCAGCAAGACAAGUGAGGAGAUCGUGCAGCUGGUCACGAAGCUGGCCAACCAGUCCGGCCUGGACAUCAUCCGCAUCCGCAAGCCCUUCCACACCGACAAUCCCAGUGUCCAGGGCCAGUGGCACCCCCUCACCAACAAACCCUCCAUCCUCACUGUCCAGGGCCCACGCCUGCAGCCCCAAUAAAGCCUCUUCCACCUGCAA